UUGUUUGGCCAAAUAAGGUAAAGGAUAUGCUGAUGUUGACACAAAAUGUGCAGUGGUUUGGACAAAAAAAAACCACACAACUCCAAUCUUACAUUUCGUGCUCACUCAGUACAUCUGGUUACGUUGGACAUAUUUACACACCAAUGUAAUAUAUUUGGACGCAUUUCUUUUCAACUCUCAAAGACCGUGGUGGAGAAUCCAACAAUGCAGACCAUGGAUAUUGACAAAGACACAUAUGCCAACAAGCCCAGAAAAAAGGAUUACAUUGGUGUUACAUUUUCAGGAUGGAAGAAGUUUAAGUCCAGUUUGUACUACCUCUCUACUGAGAAGAAAUCCUGGACAGAGAGCAGGCAGGACUGUCUGGGACGAGGAGCACACCUGGUGAUCAUUAACAGCAAAGAGGAACAGGAAUUUAUCCAUGAAUGGAGUGGAUGCCUGGAAAUCUAUCUUGGUUUCCAUGACACCAAUACAGAGGGGGUUUGGGAGUGGAUUAACGAUGGCGCAUUAGACCAAUCAUCAGCUCCUGUCACUACGUAUUGGAGGGAUGGGGAACCAAACGAUGCAAAUCAGGGUGAAGACUGCGCUCAUCUCUCAAAGAUGGCAUCAGACCCACUAAAGAGUUGGAACGACGUACCAUGCACAAUGAAUAAGCACUGGAUGUGUGAGAAGACAACGUCCACAUUGUAAUUAUGUGUUUAGAGUUUUGAAACAUGAGACAUUUUGAUGAUCUGUUUUAGAUUUUUGUGUUAAGCUCAUUCUUGUGAAAAUUUGGCAAAGUGAUUGGGGGAAAAAACAUAGGUAAAUUGACCCUUAUCUGAGCAUGGCGGGCUAACACACGCUGUGGUGGGCUAACACAGUCUGUUCUUGCACAUAUGACCCUGGUUCAAAACCCAGCCGGAACCAUAAACAGCCUAAAAUUCUCAUUUGGAUAUCCAAUGUGACUAGAUGAUGUUUUAUUUUGUAAUGAAAUCCCAACAUUAUAUUAUCAGAAACUGUUAUGGAUUUAAGAGAACUGGCGAAGCAGCUUAAGUAAUAGAAAUCCAAAUGUAUUAGCAAAGAAACAUAACAGCUUAUUAUUUAACAGUACAAAGUCAGUAUAGACCAUGUAUGCUGUACUGGUAAUAUAAUGGGUCAGUAUAGACCAUGUAUGCUGUACUGGUAAUAUAAUAUGUUAUUAUAGACCAUGUAUGCUGUACUGGUAAUAUAAUAUGUUAUUAUAGACCAUGUAUGCUGUAUUGGUAAUAUAAUGGCUCAGUAUAGACCAUGUAUGCUGUACUGGUAAUAUUUUAGCUCAGUAGACCAUGUAUGCUGUACUGGUAAUAAUAGUGCAAAAGCCUUGGUGUAUGGGUGUGUAGAAAAUCAUUGAUACUUUGUCUGGACUAUUGUCGCCACCUGGCGAAAUAGAUUGGAGCUUGCACUUCAGUUCCUCCUUCCAUAGCUCUGGUCCAGAGCGUUAGUGCGCAUUCUCUUAUAUCCUACGCGUUGAACACACUAACUGUGAGUUUGCGUUUUGGGACACCAGAAGUACAUUAAUUUCCAAUGGAACGCUGCGUUGCCUUUGACAAUUGCGUUGCAGAGGCUGUUUCAGUGCGUUCUGUGUGGUUUAUACGUCGGAUUUAUCGAACGCAUACGUCAAACUGUAUGCGUAAAAGGGUUGACAGAAAUGGUAACAUAAGGUGAAUGUUGAACUUUUGUUGCACACAUAUCUAGAUGACACAGCGAACUAUUUUGCGCAGGUACAGUCGGUGUGUUCAAAGCGUAAUCUUUGAAGUGAAACGCGCACUAACGCCCUGGACCAGAGCUAGGCCUAUGUCUUUCAGCUACUAAGAAAAAAAAGUGAUUAAUCGAUUCAUGUUGAGGUGGAAGAAUAAAAUGAAACAUUUCCUACAAUAUGCUGCCAAUAUCCCUAUAAAUAGUAUGCCUUAAUGUGUGAUAUUAAUAAACAUUUAAAUAAAAAAAGACAAUAUACAAAUGUAA